CGCCGGUUCUCAGUGGUGGGACAAGAGGCGGCAAAAAUAUUCCACCAACUAGUUGGCUGCAAUAGCCUGGGUUAGCAACGACAUCGCAAAUUGUGCCGGGAAACGAUGCGUCUCUCAGGCCUGCAGAAGGAGGUGCUGGCGCUAUAUCGCCAGUGCCUGCGCGAGUGUAGGAAGAAGCCGCAGAGCACGCGAGCGCACUUUGAGAAGUUUGUGAGAGAUGAAUUCUCACGGAAUCUGGCCAUUGAUAAGCGCGAUUUCGCGGCUGUCGAGUUUCUGCUUCGCAAAGGCCAUCGGCAGCUGGACGUCUACUCUUCGCCUGGGAUCAAGGAUAUCAGGUAGUCAAGCAGGGCGGUCUGGUCUGCGGCGUUCACUUGGGCAGAGCCUUUUAUGCCAUGGAUCGUUAGUAAUGCCUUCCAUGACUUCGGCUUCUACCACUGCCCCUGCCGUUCAUGUAUUUGAAGUCGAAGCAGCAUUUCAUCCUUGGACUUCUCCGCCAAGCGCAGUUGCCCCUGGAUUGGUGGUUGCUCUCCCCUCAGUCGUCUCUCAGUCGAUAUGACAACAACGCGUUUUACAGUCUCUUUUGCAGGCCUGCCUUAGUUCAGCAACAUCUAGACCAUUCCAUUGUAAUAAAGUAUCAUCGUCUCCAC